AAGUGUUGGGGGGAAAGGUUUUAUGAGCAGGCAGGCCACAGAAGAGAAAGUCUCUGGCAAAAGAAGUGUCAAAGUGAAACUGGCAGCAUUAAGCGGAUAUACUAACGCCCGUUUAUUAAUAACGCUACAGUGAAACAACAUGAAAGAAGGCAACGUUAAGUGAGGACUUACUACACAUUUUACUGAGAGCAAAAUAAAGAUUAGGACAUAUAUAUUUCACACAGCUCUGGACUUCGUGUGUUUGAAGAAUGGCAGAUGAUCAUGGGGACAAACCAAUGGAGGCUGAUACUAAUACACUUAAACCUCCACAGAUGGGUUUGAAAUUAGUACAUCUGGAUUUGAAAGGAGCCCCACCCAAGAUCUCCUAUCUAACACAGAUCUUUCCUCUGUUUUCACACCUUGGUGCAAAUGGCGUUCUACUGGAGUAUGAAGAUAUGUUUCCAUAUGAGGGAAAGCUGCAGGUGUUAAGGUCUCCAAAUGCUUACAGUCCUUCAGACAUCAGAGAAAUUCUAAAUCUUGCCAGAAUGCAUAAUUUUGAAGUAAUUCCAUUGGUGCAAACCUUUGGCCACAUGGAGUUUGUCCUUAAACAUAAAACCUUUUCUCAUCUUCGUGAAAUGAAAAGUUUCCCUAAUAGCCUCAAUCCUCAUAAAAAGGAGUCUAUGGAACUAGUAAAAUCCAUGAUUGACCAGAUCAUGGCAAUACAUACGGACCUAAAAUGGAUGCACAUUGGAUCAGAUGAGGUUUAUUACCUUGGUGAAGGUGAAGAAUCCAAGAAAUUGUUUGAGCAAAGCCAAACAAAUGUAGAUAGUCUAUUUUUGUCUCACGUGAAAGCUGUUGCAAGCUAUAUUAUCACUAGCCACCCAGAUGUGAAACCCAUCCUUUGGGAUGACAUGCUUCGGAACAUCAGUGAAGAGAAACUUAAAGAAUCCAUGUUGAGUCAAUUUGUUGAACCGAUGAUCUGGGAUUAUAACGCCAAUUUUGAUAUGGAUAAAAUGAUGCUUCAAAUACAUAAGUACCAGCGCACUGGAUUCUCUCAUAUUUGGUUUGCAAGUGCUUUUAAAGGAGCUACAGGUGCAGCUCAGUCUCUAACGCCCAUUAGCUAUCACUUAGCUAAUCAUCUGCAGUGGCUGAAGGUAGCAGAAGCUGUGCCAAGGGAUUCCAUCCAGUUACAUGGGAUAGUACUCACUGGUUGGCAAAGGUAUGAUCAUUUCUCCGUUUUGUGUGAACUACUUCCUGUGGGGAUUCCAUCCUUAGCGGUCUGUCUGCAAACUCUGAAAAAUGGCAUAUUCUCUGAAAAGGAAGAGGACUUUGUGCAAAAGUGUCUUGGAUUCAAAACAUUGAGAGUUAACUUUCUAAGCAUUGAAGAUGCUGGCAAUUUUCCAGGCAGUGAUAUAUUCAACCGUGUAACUCAGAUAAUCACCUCGUUACAGGAGUCUGUCGAUAAACUCCUUGAAGAAAACAGCUACAUAAAAGGAUGGUUCAGUAACUACCACAGAAAAAGGAAGAUUGUUCACCCCAUUAUAAUUCGGCAUUUUGAAGGAGAAGUCAGAAGCGUCCAUGCAAAUUGGAAAACAGCUGUAAGUGAGCUGAGUACAGCACUGGAAAAAAUCUAUUAUCCAGAGACUGUGGAAGAGUGGCUAGAAGAACAUGUUAACCCAGCCUUGACAAGGUUGGGACAGUUUGUGCAAGACAUGGAUGAAGCUUUGGCAUCAGGGAACUUAAAAUAAAAAUGUAAUUAAAUUAAGUGCUUUUUAUUGAAGUGUUUAAUUUGAAUGCAUGACAUCCUUUGGUGAUUUAUAAUUAGCUUCAUUCAAGGUGAAUCCAGCCAUAUGGUAAUUAACAAGAGCAAGAGAUUUAGCAUGAAAAGAGAACAAGACAUUUAGUUCAUCAAGCGCAAUCCAUCCACACAUACCGUGUUCAGUCUAUCCUAGCUAUUUUCAUCUCCUGAGGGGGAGUCCUACAUAAAAGCUUAAUACUAACUCCAGCUCCAGAUGAUCACUACCACUCCACAAUUCAGUUCCAAGACAGCAACACCUGCACCCAGCAGCACAGGCUAUUGUGAGCAAUGAAAGUUUGGUUGUCUCUAAGAACGUAAAAAACAGGAGCAGGAGCAGAACAUUUGGCUUUUCCAGCAUGCUCUGCCAUUCCAUAACAUGGCUGAUCUCAGUAGGUACUUAUCCCUAUAACUUUCAAUCCAUUAUAUUGCUUGGUUCUUGAAUAGCAUAAGGCCAAGUUAUACAUAGUUAAGUUUAUAAAACAUUGCAAGUCAGUGGAGAGUGUUGCUCAGUUUGGCUUAUUUAGAAAUUGAUUUUUUUUUAAGUAAAAUGAAUAUGAAAUACAACGGGGACUAGCUUGCACUAUAAUAUCUACCAUUCUGCUCAAUAAAAAUCGUUCUUGUAAAAAUGUUGAUGUAAACAUUGUACUGAUUUAAUUAUUAAAAGAGCAUUGGUAUGAGAUUAAUUUUUAAAAUUAUCCUUAUUGUUUUUUUAAAUAUUCAGGUUAGAUUUAGCUUUGAUAGUCAAAACAAAUGUUAAGAUUUCACGUUGAAGACAAUGUGUGCAAAUAAAUUGUUUGAAUGCAA